UUUUUACUAACCGGAACUCAUUCUUGGUGGUCAGGAACUACAGUAAAGACAGUAAUCUCGUUAGCAGUUAAGGAUUUCUAAUUUGACGUUCUGGUCUGCUUAACAGGAAGUUUACAUGUUUCCGUGCUGAUGGAUUUCGAGUGCGAGUUCCAGAUAAGGAAUGACUUGUACAAUAGAAAAGGUUUUGGCCGAUGCCAAAUCGCUGGUGGAGAGAUUACGGGACCACGAUAAUGCGGCAGAGGUUCUGAUCGAGCAGACGACUUUCCUGAGCAAGCGGGUGGAAGCUAUGAAACAGUACCAGGAGGAGAUCCAGGAGCUGAACCGGGCCGCCCGGCACCGGCCGAGGUCCACGCUGGUGAUGGGGAUCCAGCAGGAGAACCGGCAGAUCCGAGAGCUGCAGCAGGAGAACACAGAACUCCGCACCUCUCUGGAGGAGCACCAGUCGGCGCUGGAGCUGAUCAUGAGCAAGUACCGGGAGCAGGUGUUCCGGCUGCUGAUCGCCAGCAAGAGGGACGACCCGGUGAUCAUGACCCAGCUGAAGGAGCAGCACACUACUGAACUGCAGGCCCAUAUAGAUAAGAUCCACGAGAUGGCCGUGGUGAUGAAGAAGGCCAUCGAGCUGGACGAGGACAAGGUGUGUCAGGACGAGGAGCGGAUCGGACACUUAGAGUUGGAGAACAGGGGUCUACGGGAGCUCCUGGGUAUUAGUCGGGAGGCGUUCCUACUGCUGAAGGAGGACACGUCUGAGACCACCUCUCUGUCUGGCCUGGUCACCAGCGCGGACCUGAGCCUGCGCAAGAGCUAGAGCCACGCCCCCCACACUGAUAACCACACCCACCUCACUGAUAACCACGCCCCCACACUGAUAACCAUGCCCACCAUAAUUACCCACAGACACUGACCUCAGCCGGUGCAAGAGCUGGAGCCACGCCCCCCACACAGAUAACUAUGCCCACCACUCUGAUAACCACGCCCACCACUCUGAUAACCACACCCACCACUCUGAUAACCACACCCAUCACACAGAUAACCACGCCCCACACACUGAUAACCACGUCCCACACACUGAUAACCACGCCCACCUCACUUACAACCCUACCCACACACCCACCAGGUCAGAGGCCACACCCACUGUUUCAGAAACCACACCCAAAAGGGUAGCCACACCUACCAGAGGUGAAGUCACUCAUACUAGAGCAAACACCAGAGGAUUGAAGUCUUCACCUCCGUUUCCCUCAGAUGCACAUAGACCUGUGGAAGCUCCUCACUGGCACCCUGUCCAGUUCCGCUGGGUUUCUCCACGUCAGGGAGCCUGGCCUCCCUCAAAACACAAGCAACGGAUGGCCACUCAUCAUGUGCUGCUGAAGUGGGUUGGAACACCAAUCGUGGUUUUUUCAGAGGAAGCUUCUUGAACCAUAGAAUGUAUGGAGCAAUUACGUAUUUUAAGCAAGUCUCGAUAGUUGUUUUGCAGUGGGAAGCCUUUUUGGUUCACGGGGGUAACGGAUAACAUAAUGUAGCUCCACCCUGUGUGGGUCAGUGAAGCUUACUUCCCACCACUCAGGGCAGGCUCCAUUGUUAUUAACGAGGAAAUGGUGGAUUCAAAUCUUUUAUUGAGUGCUAACUUGUGUUUACAUUCACAAAGAAUUUUUCUCAUGUCUUAUGUCUUAUCUAAUGUGGAUGUUAUUUUUUCUCACCUCAGAGAGUCUCUUAAUCUGUCCAGAUCUGAGUGGUAAACUCCUGUAUUCAUCUCGGGCUACCCCUCUCCCGUGUCCUCCUGUACUCCUGUAAAAAGCACGGGUUGAGCUUAAAAUGUGAGAUAACGAGUGGCAGGUGGACCCAGGUUAAUGUUAGAGUCGCGCCUGUCGCACCUGUGAGCGUCUUCCUUAUGGUUAACAGCGAGCGCUGCUUGUGAAGCGAAGACGCCUCAUGUGCUUUCCUCAGUCAGCAGCACCCUGCUGACGUGUGUACAGCAGCACCCUGCUGACGUGUGUACAGCAGCACCCUGCUGUCAUGUGUCCAGCAGCACCCUGCUGACGUGUGUACAGCAGCACCCUGCUGACGUGUGUCCAGCAGUGUCCAUUUUUACAGCUGGAUACGUAAUGAAAACAUACGAGAUAACGUAAUUCAUUCAGUGGCUCAACUGUCAGUGCCCCACAUCGGCUUCCAAACCCGCCUCCCUUUGGUCUGUUGCCCUUCCCACCACUCCACAUAUUCAGGAGAGUCAGCUUUCAGCCAUUUGCAGUGAGCCACAAAACACGCAAACAGCUCUACUGGGGCUUCUUGGCACAACUUCAUCCAUUAAGCUGGUCUUAGUUUAUUCCCAGAAGAAAUUCAGGAUUUGUGGUUGCAUCGUUUUAUUUUUUAAAAAUAACACAUUAAAGGAGCCACCAGGCAGAUUAAAGUUUUAAGUUGUACAUGAGUUUUCAUAAAUAUUCUUUCAAGGACUGCUAGACCUGAACUUUUUAUUGAGCGGUUUUGGUUCCAAGUUGAUGAAUGCUAUGUGAAAUAUGUCAAUAAAGUUGACAGGACUUGA